AUGAAGGCCUACUGGUACGACAACAAGCCGGGCGACCAGCGCGAACCACACGACUCAGGGCGCCCCGUCUCAGAAGACUACCUCGCUUCCCUCGGCGUCAUUUACCACCACUUCCCCGAGCUGUCUGAUGUCGAUGCGCUGGCCAAGGAGCGUGGCUACAGGAACCGCGAUGAGAUCACCGUCGCCCCCGCUACUAUGGGCGAGGCCUACGAGUCCAAGGUGAAGAUGUUCUUCGCCGAGCACCUGCAUGAAGACGAGGAGAUUCGGUACAUUCGUGACGGAGAAGGAUACUUUGAUGUACGCGGCAAGGAGGACGAGUGGGUGCGCAUUCGAUUGGCCAAGGAUGACUUGAUUAUCCUCCCUGCGGGCAUCUAUCACCGGUUUACGACUGAUGAUAAGAAUUACGUCAAGGCGAUGCGCCUCUUCCAGGAGGAGCCUAAGUGGACGCCGUUGAACCGCGGUCCGGAGCUUGAUGAGAACCAGCACCGCAAGUCUUACCUAGACGGUCUUUCUGCUUCUACGAUUGCCGCGAACUAG